AUGGCGCCUGAAGACCUGUCAGCAACCUGGUCUGAGUCUCCCUAUCACGGCCAAAUGAACAACAUCAUGGACCAGCAAUGGGUCUCCCCAAGUGUCACAUAUGAGAGCGUUGCUCAUAGCUACACCAGCGCCCAUCCGAAUCCUGCUUUAUUAACACCUAUCAGCACCUCCAACAGCGUCUACCUUGAUCCAAGGCAAAGUCCUCCACAGCAUGCGCAGUCGCACGAGUUUCAAUAUCACAGCAUGAACUCCACUGGUGUCUCCCACGGACUGGGAAUCAGUAGUUUAGGCUAUAUGCAACCCGGAAUGACACUGUACGAUCAAACUCCAAACGCACUUUCUGGACAGUAUGACCCCCACGCACAACUGCGACGACACGCCGAGAGAGCAGCCAGCGACCACGCCUCGAGAUCGGGAGGAAGACCACUCUCUUCUAGAUCGACCCCUGUCGCAAUCGCACCCAACCCAGCCGGGAUAAGACAGAUGGAGCAGGAACGAAGACUGGGCCAAGAACUCGAGUCGCAGCGCCAACCACGACGGGCACGGCGACCCAGAAGACGAUCAUCCAUCCUCGACGAGGAAACCAACCUCACUCUCCAGCUCCGGGAGCAAAACGUACCCUGGAACGAGGUUGUCAAGCGGGUCAAUGCUGCUUUUGGUGGAAACCACAACGCGUCACGUCUUCAGAUGCGGAUAACACGCCUCAAACAACGCAUGAGAGAGUGGUCUGAGGACGAUAUUCAAGCGCUUCGGAAUGCUCAUUCAUAUUGGGAGAGAGAUAAAUUUGAAAUCAUCGCAUACAAGAUGCAAGAAUACAGGACCACCAGAGGUUGGACGGCAUCACAGUGUCAGCAAAAAUGGCAAGAAUUACAGCUUGAGCCGUGCGAGAGUCCCAGGAGAAGUCAAAGUCCCGAAGAUGAAGACGAGCCUCCUGAUUACCCCAACAAAAGGCGACGAUAG